AUGGGAAGUGGAGCAGGUAAAUCUCUUACAAUUCCUGUUGUUUAUGUAGAAUCAUCAUCUAAUCAUUUGGCUAAUUUAAAGACAACAGAUAAAUAGAAAUUAAAAAUAUCAGAUCCAUAUUAGAAGCUUAAAUAAGGCUAUCUUACUAUCCCAUUAACUUUAAGAAAUGAGGAGAAUAAAGAGCCAAUUAAGGUAAUACAUGGUGUAGUGGGAUUGAAGAAUUUAGGUAACACUUGUUAUUUCAAUUGCGCAAUACAUUGUUUAAGUCAUACAUAGCCUUUACUUGAUUAUAUGUUAUCAAAAGUUUUUGAAAAGGAAAUUAACAAGAAUAGCAAAUUAGGAUCAAGAGGGUAAGUUACUGAAUGUUUUGCUUAAUUAUUGAGUGAUAUUUGGAAGGAUGAAAGAAGUAUUGGAAUGUCAAGUAAAGAACAUAAGAGUAAACCUUCGGAUUAGCAAAAUAAAUAAAAAUUAUAUGAGAAUUGGGUAGAUCCUUUGAAGUUAUUGAUGCUGAUUUAGAAAUACUCAAAGAGAUUUGAAAUAGGAUGUAAAUUAUUAACACAUUUAAUUAGAGUAGGAGGAUUGUCAAGAGUUGUUGAGUUAUUUAUUAGAUAUUAUUCAUGAAGAUUUGAAUAGAUGUAAAAAGAAGGAGAUAAUUAAAGAAAAGGAUUAUAUAGGUGAACCAAAAGAAGAAUGGGCUGCAGAAUCAUGGGGUGAACAUCUAAAAAUCAAUAAGAGUAUUGUGGUUGAUUUGUUUUAGGGAUAGUUAAAAUCUAAAGUGGAGUGUAAAACAUGUCGUUAUCAAAGUCAUAAAUGGGAACCAUUCUUAUUUCUAAAUUUGCCUAUUAAAUAAUAAUAAUAAUAAUAAUAAUAAUAAUAAUUAUCUAAAUCACUUGGGAGCUCCUAGUUAAAAUAAGAAACUGUUUGCUAAUUAACAGAAUGCUUAGAUCAAUUUUAAUAAGAAGAAACAAUAUAAUGGAAAUGUCCUAAAUGCUAAGAAACUAGAGAUUGUAAAAAAGGGAUUUAAAUAUGGAAAUUACCAAAUAUUCUAAUUAUUCAUCUUAAGAGAUUUGAAUAUGGAUCUAAAUAGACAGGUAAAAUAACUUAAAAGGUUAAUUUCCCUAUUAAUGAUUUAAAUAUGUCUCCUUAUUGUUUUGAAUAGGAUAACACUAUUUAUAAUUUAUAUGCAGUUGCAUAACAUCAUGGUUCAUUAUAAUAUGGUCAUUAUAUCUCCAUUUGUAAACAUAGACUUGAUAAUUAAUGGUAUAUGUAUAAUGAUGAUUCAGUUCUUAAGGUAUUAUUAAUCUGAUUCUAGAUUCAAGAUUUGGAAAAAGCAAUAGUUAAUUAAUAUGCUUAUGUUCUAUUUUAUUAAAAAUAAACAGACAACAUUUUCAGAUAAACUACUACUAAUCCUAGUUGUUGGCCUCAUAAUUAAAGUGCUAAAAAAAAAAAUAAUGAUGAUCCACCAAAGGAUACAUCAAAAUAAUUGACUUUGAUAUAAAUGGAUUAUGAAGAAAAUGAACAGAAAGGUUAAUUAGAUGAUAAUAGUCCUCACAAUAUUUCAAACAAUUCCAUAAAAAUUGAUCCAUAAAAUGGAUAGUAGAAACUUUUUCUUUAUCCAAAUUCUAGAGAAUAAAACAGCAGAUAUAAUUCAAUAUACAAAAGAUCAAGGCCUUCGGUUGAUAAUCAUAGUAAUAAUGAUUAAUAAACAUCUAUUACUAAAAUAGAAGAAGAGGUAUUUUUUAAUUAAUAUUAAUUUGAAAGUGGGGUUUUAUUUCAAAUAAUAAAACAUAAAAAGAGAUGGAUAAAAAAGUAGAAAAAAAGUUUUACGAUUUAAGAGCCAAAGGUACUCGUAAAUGA